GGUCCAGUAGAUGCCAGCCACAUCAUCCUUAGACGUAUCACGGUCGUUUAGCGCGAGAAAUGUUUACGUGUUCUCGCAUCGCGUAAUUAUUUGCGAAAUUCAAUGUGACGCGACGUCCGCGAUCGUCAUCGAUCCCAAAGUUAAGAUAGAUCGCAUCGAGGCAAGUUCGUUUCAACCUAACGCGUCAUUCUGUGUGUAUAAUUGUUGACUAAGAUCGAUUUAUAAAUAGAUCCCGGAUAUGAUUUUGUUUCACACGCAAUGUGAAUAUAUAAUUGUCUCUUAAGAAAUAACGAAGGAUUUUGAGAGAAGCUUAAUCAAGAAGAUCGCAUGCCUAAAAAUUAGGAGAACUAAAACUUUGAGAAAAUUGCAAGAGACGAGAUUUAUGAGCGAAUCGUGAUAAUUAAUUACGAGAUCGCAUUGUUAUUAGAAAUUGUGAUACUGCGCGCUCUAAAAUAGAAUAUCCGUUAGAGGAAAAGAAGCAAAGUUUUUUGUUCUUUUUCACCUUCAACGCAAACAAUUAUGGGCAUGUCACUAUUUGCUUGUUGCGUUCGUCAGAAUAAUCGACGAGCGGAAGAAAUACGGCAACAGAUGCUGUUACGGUAUCCGCCGGAGAUAUCGUGGGAGAACACCCUGGGCUCGCCCCAUGGCGUGCCCUUCGACGACGACAUGAUAGAGUUGCUGAAAAAUUGUCUCGAUGUCUCCGUGCCGCCACCGACCAGUUUUGUGGAUUUAAUCGAGCGGAGCGAAGCGUUUCCCGUGAAGUUUCCAAUUAGCACUAUGAGAUGCGUCUCCCUGAGGAACAGGGGAGUCAGCCCAGAGACCAUUGAGUUCAACGCGAAUUCGACAUAUCCGCUGAUACACGAGGCGAUGCUGCCCUUGAUUGCUCGAUGGUUGAAACACAAGCGGUUGUAUGGUAGCGCUGUCGAGAAAGCUUUAUACAAGGAUAUAACCCUCAGCGAAUUUAUUCAUCGCCUGCUGGAAAAGAGGGCUGUUUGUUUUUUAGGUAAUAAUGAUCGAUGGAAAUUAAUUGACAACAAGAGCGGCGUCGACGGAUGGGAAAGCGUUGGUACAAACAAUGAGAAGGAACCAUUGGUCCUGAAAAAUUGCUUGAGUUACGAUGAGAUAAAAUUAUCGGCGAUGAUGGUGAUGUCGUCUCACACGGAAUUCAUAAACGACGGCUCGCGAAAGAAUAGAGGUAUCGUGAGCAGUGACCCAGACGCAAUCCAACCUCGUGGGGUUAUUAUGGGUGUCGUAGGCACAAGAUUCGAAAAGCCCCGAUUUAUGGAAUAUCAGGAUAUUCUCAUCAUGCCGUUACAAAACAAUGUAGAGAACGGAUAUGGAGCCAAGGAUGGUGCGUCCGAAGAGAAACGCGGGAUGUGUGUUUUAUGGGCGCAGUUUUACGGCGCCGAUUAUCAUCCGCUCUACGAGGAAACCGUAAAACGCGUUAAAUCGAAAGACAACAGACGUUACCUGUCGUUAACCAGCCAGAUCAUCUUCGAUAUCGAGAAUUACAUGAAGAGGACCCUGCUUUCCGUAGAGAUAAUAUUGCUUGAGGCAAACACUCGCGCCGAGAAGCAAAACACGACCGCUUUCUUGCACGUGGUCGGUUUUGGCCUCGGUGUCUGGAAAAUAAUUCCGGAUCAAGAAGUAUAUUUCCUGAAAACGUUCGAAAUCGCGCUUAAAAAGAUGAACAAGAAGCUCAAGUACGUUUCUGACAUCAUGUUCUCUUACUUUCGGCAGGAGAAAUGUGGCGGCGCAGGAAACGGCGAUUAUCUGGGCGAUAUAAAAAUUCAUUUCGCCUUAAGAGAACCACACAGCAGGCUAUUUCGAGCUAACGACGCGAACAAAUUGCUCAUUGUCACUUAUGCCUGGGAUGGAAACGCGUUGCCAGGAAACGAAUUCUGGAAUAAUUUUCUAGAAUCCAGCGGCGAUCCAGCGGCGGCAUGCAGCACCCAAAUAACCGAGCUGCAUAAUUCCAGAAUCAAUCCUCGCGCGUGCGGCGCCAGCCUGCACAUCGCAUCCGCGGAGCACGGAAUUCUGCACAUAUCCGAUUACGCAAGGCUUCACCUUACUUAGGUAAUAUCCGACACGCGCCUCCUUGCCAGCGCCAGUCUUCUUUGCUGGAAGUUCGAUUUUGUAAUCGUAAUUGAUGUGUGAAAUGAUAAACGAUAUUGCCUUCAUGCAGCUGUCCAUACUUUUGCUUAAUCAAAAAAAAUGCGAAAAAUAUCUCAUUCCUUAUUUUUGAAUUCUUUAAUAAAUACAUUGAUUGAUGAUGAUAUCGCAUGUAUUUAUCGGAGAAUAUUUUAUAUCGAAAAAAUUGAAUUAUUGACAAAGUAA